CUACACCAUCAAAUAUCACAAUACAAUGAUCGCUUCUCUCCCUUCCCUUAAAAGAUACAUACACAGAUUUCGAUGACAAAAAGAUAAAGAUGUCAAAGGAUAUAACAGAAGAAGCAGUAAAAAGUUUGAAAGCAAAGGUGUAUGCUUGUGCCAGAGAUGGUAUGGCUAUCAGUAUUUUCGCCAUGCUGUGGAAUUCAGACAAAACAAUUAUAUACGAAGUUCUUAAUCACGUUACUGAAGAAAACGAACAGAAAACUACACCAUUAAUUAUUGCGGCUAGAAAUGGGUCCGAAAAAGUAGUAUCUAUAUUAUUAUCAAACUUCAAUGUAGAUAUAGAACAAACAGGCACUGUCAAAUUCGAAAAUUACACUAUUGAUAAAGCAACAGCUCUCUGGUGCGCUGCAGGGGCUGGUCAUUUUGGAAUUAUUAAAUUACUGAUCCAAAACGGUGCCGAUGUUAAUCACCCAACUAAAACGAAUUCAACGCCUUUAAGAGCUGCAUGCUUUGAUGGAAGAUUAGAGAUUGUCAAGUACUUAGUCGAACAUAAGGCAGACAUCAGUCUUCCAAAUACUUACCGUAAUACCUGUCUUAUGAUAGCGUCAUACAAAGGUCACAUUGAAGUAGUGAGGUAUCUGUUGGAAAAGAAGGGAAAUCCAAACACUGUUGCUCACUGCGGUGCAACUGCUUUGCACUUUGCUGCUGAAUGUGGUCAUGUCAGUAUUGUGAAAGAACUUAUAAAUUAUAGGGCAAAACAAAUUGAAAAUGAUCAUAAAAUGACUCCGUUGUUAGUUGCUGCAGAGGCUGGGAAAUAUGAGGUUGUUGACUAUAUGGUCUCCUUACCUAGUUGCACUAAAAAAGAUAAAAUUGAUGCUUUAGAACUAUUAGGAGCUUUUUAUGCAAAUGACAAAAUUGAAUAUGACCUAAACAAAGCUGUCCAAUACUUUGAAGAAGCUAUGCAUGUGCGAUACAGUGAUCCAGAUAACAUUAUUUAUAAAGAAUAUUGUCCACCUGUCCCUGCAUAUGAGAAUGUGAAGGAAUGUCAAACUUUAGAAGAUUUACAGAAAAUCAAAGGACAUCGUAAUGCAAUUCACAUGCAGGCUCUAACUGUCAAAGAGAGAAUCCUUGGUGAAGACAAUCCAGAAGUGGCUAGUGCUUUGAUAUACCGUGGGGCAGUCUAUGCAGAUAGUGCUAGGUUUAGUCGAUGUAUUGAGUUGUGGUUUCAUGCAUUGAAACUGCGUCAGAAGAAUAAGUUUUCGGUUUCAAAAGAUUUAUUGAGAUUUGCUCAAGUUUUCUCCCAAAUGAUUCAUGUUGGAGAAAAAUUAGCAAUAGCUGUUGUGGCUCAGGUUUUUGAAAAGGCUGUAGAUGAACUUUUUUUUGAUUCAGAGAAGUUAGUAUUGGAUGGGGAAAAUGUAACAGCUAAAGAAUUGUUUCAAAUUAAUAUUCACACAUCUUUAUAUCUUUUAGUUAUUGCUCUUCACUGUGACCAUUCAGGAGAAGAAUUAGAAAAACUCAAAGCUUUGACUUACAAAUUUGUCAAACUAAAUCCUCUAUUAGAAAACCACUAUACUCCACUUCAUAUGGCAGUAGAUUCCGCAACCAUGGUGGAUGACUUUCACGUUGAAGAAGUGGUAUCAUUUCCUAAUGGACUGUUGACUGAACUUUUUAUGCAAUGUGGAGCAUGUCCAAAUGUAGUUGACUGUCAGAAAAACACUCCAUUGCAUAUCAUUGUCCGACACAAUGAUCCUGAAACACUAAGCCAGUGUAUGCUUAGUCUAAUGAAGAAUGGUGCUCAUACAGAUAUGUGUAAUCUUGAGAAGAAAACACCAUUAGAAUGCUCAAAAACUGAUGUUGCAUCUUCAAUAAUGAGGAAUAACAGUGAAACUUCUCUAAAGUGCAUUGCUGCAAGGUGUAUUCAGAAAAAUACGGUUCCGUUCAUGGAUUUAGUGCCAGACUUUUUGGAAGAAUUUAUAGCUAUGCAUUAAUUAAAACGAUCUAGGCUUUAACAAAAUUUAUCUAAGAAAUUGUAUUUACAUGUGCUAAAUGUACCUGAUAUAUUAAAAACCAAACAUAGUAAAAAAUAAAACCACUGUUAAAUUAUUAAUUAAUUAUGUUAAUGGAUCAGACAAUUCUAUUUAAAAUUUAAUAAAUUGGAACUGUUUAAAAAAAUUAAUUACAUAAGAUUCAAAUUAAGUUAAAA